AACAGACUAUACUAUUGUCUGAUAAGCCGAUAACCUCUUGAAGUGUUCAGUCUAAACGAACGCACACUUUGUGACACUCGUCAUCAGAACUAGUGCCAAACACUUAUCAUUACAAGAAGCCAUGAAGAUCGGAUUUAUUGGAGGAGGCAGAUUGGCGUUUGCGCUGGCCAAUGGAUUUAUAUCUGCAGGAUUAGCAAAACCAGAUGAAAUCACAGCUAGCGUACAUCCCGCGGAUUUGGCCAGUGCUGAGGCUUUUAAGGGUCUAGGAGCAACAGCCCUCUUCGAGAACAAACCAGUUGUGGAGCGAUCCGAAGUGGUCAUAGUGUCCGUGAAGCCAGAUGUCGUUGGUCCAGCGCUGAAGGAGAUCAGGGAUCUGCAGGCAUCGAAGAAUAAGCUGUUCAUAUCAGUUGCUAUGGGCGUAUCGAUAGCUAGUAUUGAAAAGGUCCUUCCCCCCGAAGCUCGUGUGAUCAGAGUGAUGCCCAACACUCCAGCACUAGUUAAACAAGGUGCUGCUGCAUUCAGCAGGGGUUCCAGGGCUACAGCUGAUGAUGCCAAGGUCACUACAGAGCUGUUCAAGGCUGUGGGCACUUGUGAUGAGGUACCGGAGUACCAGAUGGAUGCUGUGACUGCUUUGAGUGGAAGUGGACCAGCUUAUAUCUACAUGCUAAUAGAGUCUCUAGCGGACGGCGGUGUCCGCUGCGGGCUGCCCCGCGACCUGGCCCUGCGUCUGGCGACACAGACCACCCUGGGGUCAGCUGCCAUGCUGAAGGAUGGAGGGCAUCCAGCGCCUAUGAAGGACAAUGUUACUUCCCCGGGAGGGUCAACAGCAGAGGGCACGUAUCAUCUGGAACAGAAUGGUUUCCGAUCAGCAAUCAUCGGAGCAGUAAUGGCGGCUGCGAACAGAUGCAAAGUUGUUAACGAAACUUUAAACAAAUAAGAUUAUUGUUAAUGAAAGCACAAAUAUUGUUAAGAGAAAUAAAUUUUAUUUUCCGUUA